AUCCUAACGCGCUCUUAUCACUAUCUCUGUUGUUUUUCGGAGUCCACGCUGGAGCGUCUUUCGUUCCUUUCAGGUUGGGUAAUUCGUAACUAUUGCCUUCACAGAUCGUACAAAAGUCCUCUGGUCUGUGAUUCUUCCACGUAUUCGUGGUUUUGGCGUUCCCAGUGAGUUGCUUUGUUGAAUUUCGAGGAUUCUUCAGGUGUAAGUCGAUGAAUUCGGAUUCUUCCUAGCUGAUCUAUUUUCUGGCGCUUGAGUUUCUUCUCCGGUUUGCUGAAGUGGGCGCGCGCGCGGCUCAGCUCCGUUUUUGCGUAGACCACGCGUCAGUGGAACUCAACUGUAGUACGGGCAACAAGGAGAUCCUGGUUCUUAACAUCAAACCCUUUCUGUGAUAGUGAAAAGCUUUCAAUAUCUAUUUGGACACUAAAGUGCAAACGAACUGGUUAAGAAUGGCUAUCACUGCUUUGGCUUUUAUGCUAUUACUGCAGUUGCCAAGAAUUUUUGGCUUUGGGGAUUUCUUACAGUCAAAGGGUUGUGGUGCGAACUGGGUAGCCUAUUCUUAUUCUCAUGGUCAGGAACUAUUCUACAUAAACGGGAAUGUUGUUAACAAAGACACUUUCUGCAAGGCCCUUCAGCUGUAUAUGGUAAAUGGUUGUGAUGCCAAGUGCUAUUUUGCAAGUACAAGCUGUGGGCUGGAAGUUUCUUUUGGGAGAAAGCUUUUGCAGAAGGAUAUAAGCAAUAACUCAACAUUCCCAGGCCACAAGAAUGUUUCUAAGCCUCUAUCAACCCCAAAAGUUGGUAUAGUUGCAAGUGGAGUUUUGUUUGUAUGCUGUGUUUUUCUUUGUCCUUGUUUCUAUGGGAAGAGACAAAAGGCCACUGCUUCCAAGGAUCCAAAUUCAAUGGAUUCAGCUUCCUCCCAGGAAGGAAACUCUAUUUCUGAGAAGAGCCAUGGCGGCUCUCUUCAUCGGGUACCACCUAGUCCUUCAAGAUUUUCAAUGUCUCCAAAACCCAGUAGACUUGGGCCACUACAUCUCAGCUUGAAUCAGGUUGUAAAAGCUACUCAUAAUUUCUCAAAUAAAUUACAAAUAGGAGAAGGAGGUUUUGGGACUGUCUACAAGGCUCAGCUAGAAGGUGGCCAGGUUGUGGCAGUAAAACGUGCCAAAAGGGAACAUUUUGAGAGUUUGAGAACUGAAUUCAGCAGUGAAGUUGAACUUCUGGCCAAAAUUGAUCACCGAAACCUGGUGAAGUUACUAGGUUACAUUGACCAAGGAAAUGAACGUCUUCUUAUUGCAGAGUAUGUCCCUAAUGGCACUCUUAGAGAACAUUUGGAUGGUUUGCGUGGAAGGAUCCUUGACUUCAAUCAGCGCCUUGAAAUUGCCAUUGAUGUUGCUCAUGGCUUGACCUAUCUACAUCGUUAUGCAGAAAAGCCAAUUAUCCAUAGAGAUGUGAAAUCAUCCAACAUUCUUCUAACGGAAAGCAUGAGAGCUAAGGUAGCUGAUUUUGGAUUUGCAAGACUUGGUCCAAUGGACUCUGAUCAAACACACAUCUCUACUAAAGUGAAGGGAACAGUUGGCUACUUGGACCCAGAAUACAUGAAAACAUAUCAGCUUACUCCCAAGAGUGAUGUUUAUUCAUUUGGAGUUUUGCUUAUAGAAAUUGUGACAGGCCGCCGUCCUGUGGAGGUAAAGAAGCCUGUUGAAGAGAGGGUGACACUGAGAUGGGCUUUCAGAAAGUAUAAUGAAGGAAAUGUAGUGGAAAUGGCGGAUCCUUUAAUGGAGGAAGGUAUAAAUGUAGAGGUUCUGAUGAAGAUGAUUGGUUUAGCAAUUCAAUGUGCAGCACCGAGUCGAGCCGAUAGGCCGGACAUGAAAUCGGUGGGAGAACAACUGUGGACGAUCAGAGCAGAAUUCCUCAAGAGUCCAAAGAGGGUGUAAUUAUUGAAAAUAUUUCGAGAUUGUACUAAUUCGAUUCAGUGUUCAUUACUUUUUGUUGUUAUUAUUAUUAUUAUUAUUCA